AUGGACAAAAAGAUGAAAAUUGAUUUUACAUCAGCAUUCAAAGACACGACAACACUACAGGUACCCCAAAAGAAGGUAACUCUACAUAAGAAGACGCAUUGUACCGACAAGAUAUGCCGUGACAACACUUCGCACGAGGCCAUAGUACCGGAAGGAAUGCCAUACACGGACAUAGACCUGGCACAACCUAUCGAUACAGAAAUAUUUGCGUACGAACUCGAUCUGUUCCAACGCAUAUCGUGCAUAGCACUGGAAAGGGACGAAAACGUGCUCGUAUGUGCACAUACAGCAAGUGGUAAGACCGCCAUUGCGGAGUACGCCAUACACCUGGCACUCAAACGUAAGCAGCGUGUGGUGUACACCUCACCCAUUAAAGCGCUCUCUAAUCAGAAGUAUCGUGAGCUCAAGCUCAAAUUUGAUGAUGUUGGCCUGAUCACCGGCGACAGCACGCUCAAUCCCAAGGCAAGUGUGCUCGUAAUGACCACUGAAAUACUGCGCAACAUGCUUUAUCGCUCUAACGAGCUUGUUGGGGAGAUUAAGUUUGUAAUUUUUGACGAGAUUCACUACAUGACAGAUAGGGAACGUGGAGUGGUGUGGGAGGAGUGCAUUAUCUUGAGCACCUUUAACUGCGUAUUCCUGUCUGCUACGCUGCCAAAUGCAAAUGAGUUUGCUGAAUGGGUUGUAAACGUGCAGGGAAGGGUGUGCCACAUUGUUAGCAAUGACAGACGUGUGGUGCCCCUCAUUCAUUACGUGUUUCCUGUGGGCGGAAAAAGUCUGUUCAAGAUUAAAGGCGGUGGCGAGACCGAUGCAGUGGCCAGUGAUGCUGCAGUUGAUGAGGAAAAUGAUGAGGAUCGUGUGACCGGUGGAUAUGAUGGAGAGCGCACCGAUCGUGGGUGCACGGCUAGGAGAACAAAGGAAGGGGCGCUGUGUGGUGCAAGAAAUGGUAAAAAGGGCGAAAAAGGAAGAAAUAUGGGCGAUAACAGACGCAACACCGAAAGUAGCAGUAGACGAGGAACUAAUGUGCGAUAUUGUGGGGUAGACGGUACGAAAAUGGACAAUCAUACGAGCACGGAAUCAAGUGAUGACAGAUUGGCUGGGGGCGAUGAAAGGCGUGGAAGAGGUACAAGAGGCAAUAAAAGACAUGAUGAUACAUCGGGUGAUAGAAGGAGGUUCAAUCGUGGUAAGGGCCGUGAGGAAGAGAAACACAAGAAGAGCACGAAUAAGAAAAGGAACACAAAGAAAGUGUUUAAGGCCACGAAAAAAGCGCUUAAGGCCCAUAGCCCCACGAGCACCGUUGAUUUUAACGUGGAGAUGUUCAAUGAGGCAAUCCAGAACAUAAAGAAGAGCAGGGUGGAUUACGCAGAUAUAAAGGCUAUAAUUGGCCUGCUCACAGAAAAGGCCCUUUUACCCGUUAUAGUGUUCAACUUUCGGCGCAAGGACUGUGAGAACUUUGCUACCUGUCUUGAAGAGGACUACAACAGCACUGAAGAGAAGGAACACGUCACGAUGAUCUUCAACAAGGCGUUGGAGACGCUGCGUGUGGAAGACAGAGCACUUACACCCAUACAGAGCAUGCUGCCGCUGCUGUUACGUGGCAUAGGAAUACACCACUCGGGCUUGCUGCCCGUUCUUAAGGAAAUCAUUGAAAUUCUGUUCUCGCUGAACCUUAUCAAGGUGCUGUUCGCCACCGAAACAUUUUCAAUUGGCCUGAACAUGCCGGCUAAAUGCGUUUUGUUCACCACGCUCUUCAAGUUUGAUGGCGAGAAGAUGCGCACGAUCACCUCAGGCGAGUACAUCCAAAUGAGUGGCCGUGCUGGUCGGCGCGGUAUCGACAAGGAGGGCAUCUGCAUAUCGAUACUUACAGAGGCGAUCAAUAUUGAAAGUGCGGUUGCUUUGUUCAACGGAAGAAGCAAUCCGCUACAGUCAGCUUUCCAUCUCACGUAUAACAUGAUUUUAAACCUUCUGAAGAUCGAGGGUCUAGACCCUGUUUAUGUUCUAGAACGGUCUUUUUUCCAUUAUCAGAAGAUUAAGGGCGUUGAGAGGCUCAGAGACACGGUGAACUAUUUUUAUGGGUUAAUGAGCAAGGUGGAAGGUGUUAAGGUGAGUGAUGAGGGAAUUGAUAAGGAGCGUUCAGCUGUCAGCAACGCUUGUGCAAAUAACCAGCUGAAAGAUUAUGCGCAUAACAGCAACACGCUAUAUGAUCAUUUGCAUGAAAAUAAUGAUUCAAAUAAUGAUAUGCAUGAAAACGGUGAGAGAGAAAAUAGUAACACGGGUGAAUUUGAAUUUGUAAACGACGCGCUAUCACAAAGGAAGUUAGAAGAUCUCAGCCUGUCAGACCUGCUGGUGAAAGGACGACUUAUUGACGUGACGUUGAACGUGAACGGAUUUCCUAUAUAUUUACAGAACUGCAUAAUAAGCAGCGUGAGUGGUUUGAAGGACAAAAAGAAAAAAGGAGAAAAAGAUGUGAACCUAGAGGUGGUCGUGCUCUUGUACAACAGGACCAACAAAAUGAAGCGCAAGUGCAUAAGACUGUGCGAUAUAUCGGCAAUUUAUGAUGCCCGUGUCAAAAUAAAUAACAAAAGGUUGGGAAGGAAGUACUCCUUGCUGUACGGCACGCCCGUGACCGGGCAUUACUGCACGAUUUGUGAGGAAGAAGUGAGUGCUGCCUGUUUGGAAGAGCGUUGCUUCUUUGGGGUGUUGGAGCAAUUUAUGGAAGGAGCAGGCAUCGAAGGCCUGGAUGAGAAGAUGCUUGAAAAGGAAGAGGAGCACCCGAUCGAGGUGAAUUCAGCAAUGACCAUGGAAUACAAAACGGACAGUGUUUCAAACGGCGACAUGAGCGGAUAUGUGAAUGCGAGCAAUGGCAUGUCGGACAGUGGUGCACUGCCGAAUGGCAGCAGGUCGAUCAGUCGUGAGGAUGUGUACCAGGAUGAAAAGUCUGGUAAACGAUCAUGUGAUGGGAGAGUUAAUGGCAAUACUGGAUCGGACGGUGAUCAGGACCGUUUUAACAAGCUGCCUAGCAAUAAAUGCUUAGACCGAUCUGACAAUGAGUCCGAUGUGUCCGGUGCCGAAACAGCUGACAGCGAUCAGUCAUCAGGCGCUAAGAGUGAAGACGAGGAAACAAGCCGUGACUCAUCGACAAGCACUUCGUUGCCGUGCACGGCCAGCCCCGUGCUCAAGAACAAAAUCCUUAAAUAUCUGAACAACGUUUACAACACGAAGAAUAGCGAGCUAUUCGUAGCAAGCCGUAUCGAUCACAUAGACCAAUGCACUAAGAUGAUACAGGUGCUUAGAAGGUUGGACUACUACGAUAACAACAGCGUAACGGUGAAGGGGCGCGUGGCAUGCGAGUUAAACACCGAGGAACUUGUGCUGACCGAGCUCAUCUUCAACGGUCAUUUCCUCAAGCUCAGUGUGAUUGAAGUGGUGAGCCUUCUGAGCUGCCUUGUAUUCACAGAAAAGGAGGACGCUGAGGUAAGUGAACAAUCACUGCGAAAUUACAAAAUAAUCGAGGAGGUGGUACAGAACGUGGUUAAGGUGAUGAAUCAGGUUGGCCUGAAUGUACAGGUGGAGGAUUUCCCUUAUUCUAACGAACUUAUGGAUGUGGUGAGGAUGUGGGCAGCUGGUGCAUCCUUUGAGAGUGUGACAGCCAGGACACAGGUGUUUGAGGGCAGCAUAGUGCGCUGUCUGAAGAGACUGGACGAGAUGCUCAGACAGCUAAGCUGCGCAGCGCGAGCGAUUGGUAAUUUGGAGAUGGAAAGGAUUUUUGGAGAGGGUAUUAGUAAGAUUAAGAGGGACAUCGUGUUCUGUAAUUCGUUGUAUUUGUGA